CAGUCUAUUUCAAAAGAGCGUGUGACUUUAAACAUUUUCUCAGCGGAAUUUUGGAUUUGUCAAUUUCUUCGGUUUUUCGAUGGUGAAAGGUAUUUUAGAACCAUGCAAUGAAAGCAUAAACAGACUUCGACUAACAAUCAAAGAAACUAUCAGAGUAUUCAUCAGAACCUGUUCAAGCUGGUAUGGAAAGAUCUGGCUGUAUGAGACGCUUGGUCAGAGAACAAAGAGUGACCAGCUUAAAGGGAAACGCAAAGCGGCCCUCACCCUCAAGGCCCGACUAGAUAAAGUGAAGCAGCGUAACCGAGCCAAGGGGGAGAUAGUUGAGGAGGAGGGCGAUAAGGACCAUCAGGAGGAGGAGGAAGAUGCGAGGAUGAAGGAGGAGUCAGAGUCAGCGAGACGGAGACAGAAGGAGGAGGAUGAGAAGAGAUUAGCAGAGAGGCUGAGCAAGACGGCGCCGGCAAGACCUUGGGAUAUUGGAAAAGAAGAGUCGCAAUGGGACAGGGUGAAGAAGCAAGUACAUGAAGAGCGCCCUCAAGAGUUUGCUCCUCCACAGCAGUACAACUGGAUGAUGCCAUCGAUGAGACAAACUCCAAAGAAGAAGAGCAAGUUUGCGUCCACAGAAAGUUGCGACGACACGCUUAACACGUCAAAACAGCCGCAGGAGUUCGCUCCUCCUAGUAAUUCUGCAAAGUGGAACAUGAGACAGGGUUUGUCUGCAAGUACUUCGUUAGAGGCCAAGAAAUCUAAGGAUCAAGGCAGCAGGCUGGGGAAUUGAACCAAGAACCGCAAAGAACUGGAGAAGAUUUCUGCCGUGGAGGUAGCCUGAUCAUCUGACGUCAUUCUUCAAGGCUCGUGAAUAACACCAGAGAGCGGCCAAAAACUGGCAUGUAGUUGACCUCUGACCUCUGUCGUUUCACAUAUAGAUACGCAGUCAAAUUACAUUGCGGACUUGAGAGCAGUGACU